ACCAGAAGCCUUGUUAAACACGGUACUGUGAAAAGAACUCAUUCGUUAAACAAAUUGGCGAUAAUCUGAGCUUGCUGAUCUCAAUGACGAUGCCACACGGAGGAAGGAGCACAAACGUUAAUACCGCGAUGCUGUGUGAAUCGCAACGAUGCAAAGAACCAAGCAAAGAGACACGCGCAGUUGCAUAAACUUUUAAUUCAUAUUACGUAAUAUUUAAAGAUCACGUAAUCAGUAAACGACAAUGAUUAAAUUUAAUUUUAAAAGAACAAUUAAAAACAAAAUUCCUAUUUUAAAAUGGCUACCGCUGUAUAAAACGGAAGACAUGCUGGGUGACCUUGUUGCGGGGGUCACCGUGGGAUUAACUUUGAUACCUCAAGCAAUAGCUUAUGCGAGUUUGGCGGGAUUGGAACCACAAUAUGGGCUUUAUAGCGCCUUUGUGGGAAGUUUCAUCUAUGUCAUUUUUGGGACGUGUCGUGAAAUCAGCAUUGGUCCGACCGCGCUUUUAUCUUUACUAACUUGGACAUAUGCAAGAGGAAUUCCCGGGUAUACAGCAUUGCUUUGCUUUUUAUCGGGAUGUGUCACAAUAUUUCUUGGCAUUCUGCACUUAGGAUUUUUAGUUGAAUUUGUUUCAAUACCGGUUAUAUCCGGAUUUACGUCAGCUGCGAGCCUCAUCAUUGCUUGCAGUCAAAUAAAGAAUCUAUUGGGCUUGAAUAUUCAUGGUGAGAAUUUUGUUGAAAUUUGGCGGCAGUUGAUAAACCAUAUAACUGAUACAAAAAUACCAGAUUUGAUUCUUUCUUGCUGCUGUAUUGUAAUUCUACUAAUCUUGAAGCAUUUAAAGGAUAAAAACGUUGCUAAUACCACAUUGAAGAGAUUUCUUUGGGUGAUCGGUACAGCUAGAAACGCUCUUGUAGUCAUCCUCUGCGCAGUCACGUCUUAUAUUUUCGAGAUGCAUGAUGGAGCACCCUUCAUCCUUACGGGUCAUAUCCAUGCUGGUUUGCCGAGUAUCGAUCCGCCUCCAUUUUCAAGGACAAUUGGCCAAAACCAAACUGAAAGUUUCAUCGAUAUGGCUAAGAAUUUCAAUUUUGGAAUUUUGGUGAUACCGCUUCUCUCCAUUAUUGGAAAUGUAGCCAUUGCAAAAGCUUUUUCACGAGGUAUGCCUUUAGAUGCCACGCAAGAAAUGUUAACUCUCGGAUUGUGCAAUAUAAUUGGCUCAUUUUUUCAUUCGAUACCUGUCACAGGAUCUUUUUCAAGAAGCGCAGUAUUGAAUGCUUCUGGCAUUAAAACACCUUUAGGUAGCAUAUACACAGGUAUUCUAGUCAUACUUGCGCUAAGUUUAUUAACACCAUAUUUUUACUAUAUUCCAAAAGCAACAUUGAGUUCUGUCAUAAUUACUGCAGUGAUAUUUAUGAUAGAAAUUGGUACGAUACUUCCAAUCUGGAAAUGUAAUAAACGCGAUCUAAUACCGGCAUUUGUCACAUUCUUCGCUAGCUUAUUCGUCGGAGUCGAAUUGGGAAUUUUAAUAGGUAUGAUAAUCGAUCUCGCCAUAUUGACAUACCUAAAUGCGAGGCCAACAAUAAAUAUCGAAUAUAAAAAUAUUUCAACAAUGAAUUACAUUAUGAUCCGUCCUGUUGCUGGAAUUUUAUUUCCAGCAGUAGAGCACUUGAGAUCGUAUUUAACAAAGGCAUUAUCCAAUAAAUGUCACAAAUCUCUAAAAAAUCUCGAUACUUUGACGAGUGUGGUAUUAGAUUGCGAGCAUAUCGACAAGAUAGACUUUACUGUUGUACAGAGUAUCAGCAUGUUAGCAAAAGACUUUAGAAACAACAAUUGUCAAUUAAUAAUGUUGCGGCCAAAUCCUGAUAUUUUAAAGAGCAUACAAUCGCUGUCACAUAAGCAAAUCUUGAUAGCAAGAAAUGAAAUCGAUCUGAUUACAAUUUUGAAAGAAUUAAAAAAUGUGAUACCAAAUGUAAAUGAAAUCGAAGCUUUGAAUAGCAAGAUAAUCCCUGAAACGACAAACGAAUUUGUCUCUACGUGGUUAUGAUAUGUUACAAACAUUUCCUUUAAAACUUAACAAAUGAAUGCAUAUGAUUUCACAUGCACAUAUAUAUAUAUAUAUUGAUUUCACAUGCACACAUGCGUAUACACUAUAUUUGAUAUAUAUCUUA